GGGAGUACAAUGGGCUGGCACAUCAAAACGGUCCGACGCCUCUUCCUACGGUUGAGGAUGUGAUGUUCAAAGCCUUUGUAAAGGCUAGGCUGGUUGAUUAAACAGCAGUUUGAUGACUGUGGAUGGGAGAAAUGUGGAAGGACGAAUCGAGGAGUCAGCGCGGCUGGUUAGGUAGUUUCGCUAUGGGUUCAAAGAAGCGAGGAAUGUUGUCACCCUAUUUAGAAGGGAGGGGUCCUCAAGUAUAUGCCAAUACUCCUCAAGAUUUCGAAUCAUUUACCUUUAACACUUCCAGCCUCGAAUGAUUGCCCACAGCAAACUAUACGGAAUCGGGAGCUAGCUGAAGUAGCUUCCCCGGCGGUCCCAUACUUCGGUAUAGGCUCACCAUGCUACUGCCUCAGCACUGCGGGAAGUGGAUUGUACUCGUUAUCAUACUCAAAAAAUGGAGAAAAGACUCCACGAGCAAGGUCCUUAUAUUUACCAAAUCCGUCAAGCGUUGGGAGUUUUAUUUCAACACCAACAGUAUGCACAGGACUCGGAGCAUCCUGAUUGUGCGGUGACGAUGAGAAAGUACAUGUUCUGAGCAAGUCGUGAUAAGCAAAUGCAAGUUCCGUGGACUACGUUUACGCGUAGGCACGACAGGUGCUGGUGUAUUGCGUGGUUGGUGCUCGGGGUUGGGUAGUUGGUGGAAAACGAAAGAAAGGUAUUACAACUCAGCCAACUAGGGUAUACGUAACGAACGUAACGACUCACGAGACCCCGCCCCCCAGUCACCGACCUUAUCUGUCGAUAGUCUAUGUACUACAUAGGUAGUACUAGUAGUUCCUCAUUUUCAAGGGCUUCCUCAGCACUUGAUCUCCUCAUUGAUAAUAAUACUUCCCUUCGG